AUGAAUACAGCAACAGAAUUAGAAGAGAUGGGAUCGAAAAUUUACAAGGUUAAAUCCGAAGAUCGUGAUCAUACAAUUAGGUUGGAUACUAAUGACUUCAUUAAAGUACCACAACCUUUACCACCAGCACCUGGGUUGAUUCCUAAUCCUACAGAGAAUAUUAUUAAUGUUGACGAAUUAGAAUCUAUAAGUGAGAUCCCUGAACAGCUUAGAAAUAAUGAAUUAAUGACAAUGUCGAAUCCCCCUAAAAAUAAAUGGAGGGUUUAUGCAUUAGGAUUAUGGUUAUUUUCAAUAGGAAUGGCUGACGCCACUCCAGGGGCUGUAUUACCUUAUAUCGAAGAAUACUAUAAUUUGACUUAUACCUUAGUUUCCUUGAUCUGGAUGACAUUUGCUGCAGGGUUCGUAUCAUUUGCAUGUUUAGCACAUAAGAUCCAACCUCUAUUAGGGAGAGAAAAAAGUUUCACCGUUGGGUCGGCAUGUUCCGUCUUGAUGUAUGCUAUUGUUUCAAGCGGGACCAAAUUCCCCGUAAUUUGUGUGGGAUUUUUUUUUGGCGGGGCGGGAUAUGCCGUAGUUAUCAGUCAAAUGAAUGUCUUUUUAACUAAUUUCCAGAAUUCAUCCAAAUACUUGUCAGUAACUCAAUCACUUUAUGGUGUAGGGGCUACUAUUUCGCCAUUAAUUGCCACAUCAUUUGUUAGUGCAGGAAUAAAGUGGAAUUUGUAUUAUGUAAUUUUAGUUGGUUUGAUGGCGAUUACCUCCGUGGUAUUGUAUAUAUCAUUUAAAGGUGCAGAUACUGAUUUGGCACCAUGGGACUUUGACGAAAAUGAUUUGGAAAAUGAAAAGUCUGAAACCCCAACAGAAUUAUUGUUGUUGUCCUUGAAAUCUAAAAUUACUUGGCUUUUAGCUUUCUUUGUGUUCUUUUACCAAGGAUCGGAAGUUGCGUUAGGUGGGUGGAUUGUCACCUAUUUAUUAAAUUAUAGACAUGGAACUCAUAAUGUGGGUUAUGUAGCUUCCGGAUUUUGGGCAGGUUUAACUCUUGGAAGAUUGUGUGUGGCUAGACCAAUGCACAACAUGUUUGGCUUAAGAAGGUCAGUAAUCAUUUGUAGUGUUAUUUCCACUAUUGCUGUAGUAUUAACAUGGGUUGUUCCUAAUAUAAUUGCCGCCGGUGUGUUCGUUUCAAUUUCUGGGGUAUUUAUUGGUCCCAACUAUCCUUUAAUGGUUGCUUACUCAGCGCUUAAAGGUCUCAUUCCUAGAAAAAUUUUGAUCAUCACUUUAACUGUUGUAACGGCUUUUGGGUUUAGUGGGGGUGCGAUUUUUCCAUUUUUGGUGGGGGUCAUAUCCCAGAAGGCGGGAACUUAUGUGGUGUUGCCGAUGUUUAUCGCAUUGUAUUUGUCAAUGUUAAUUCUUUGGCUUUUAGUGCCUAACCAAGAAAGAAUCUUGAAACAACUGACUUUAACUUUUUGGCAAAAAGUCUGGUAG